AUGGGGGACUCUCACGUUACACAUGUUCCCACACGGUAUCAGACCAUGGCAGCAGCACAGAUAUGUCCAUUUGAAAUACCACGGAAUGAAAAAGAAAAUUAUUUCCGCAUGCACCUGCUCUUAGAACAAGCAACAGACGUGCUUCGAGAUGUUCUCAGGACUCAGCUACAAGCAGCUUAUCCGGGACUGUUUGAUCCCAGUAAAACUGACAAACUUUUUGAUGUACUUGACAAUCAACAGGUCAAACAUUCUGUGCGUCUGUUGAAAAAGAGAAAUGUAAUGAACUCGAGUCAAAUGAAACUCCUGUACCCCUCUGGCACCCCUUCAACAACUGUGACAACGCAGGAUUUAGAUAUUACACUUGUAGUUGUUUUGUUAAGAAACAUCACCAAUCUGAACCCUCAAGCUAAAUGGGAAAACCCAACAGCUUCCGACACCUCCAUAGAGGCAAACAUUGGUAGAGUGAAGACCUACCGCAAUCAGCUCUCGCAUGGACAUCAUCUUGGCAUCACUGACACAGCAUUUCAGACAGAGUUUGAUGCCCUCAAGCAAGUCCUGCUGUCACUGUCCCCAAUAUAUACCAGUGACGAUUACGACAAGCUACUUCUUGUGCCUCUGGAUGCUAAAGUUGCCCCAUGUCAGCUCCUCUCAGUACAGCUACCAGGAAAACUUGCUGACCUUAAAGGCCGUGAAGACUUGGUACAGCAAAUACAGCAGCACAUUGCAGGUGAAACCCGACUUGUUCUUCUAACUGGGAUGGGUGGCAUUGGGAAGACAUCAGUGGCUAUCGAGGUCGGGCAUCGAGAACAAAAUGUACUGUAUUUUGAUAUGAGACAAGUUACCAACCUUGAAUCUGUGAAGUUAUCUCUAGUCCAGCACUACCACCCAACACGAUCCCUGAAAGAUUUAUACGGUGACUAUCAGAAUAUACUCAUUCAAACUUUGUCUAGUUUAACUUCUGACACUGUUAUCAUUUUUGAUAACAACGAUGAGAUUAUUAAGUCAAAUUUGCAGGACUUUCACAGCUUGUUUCAGAAUUUUUUAAAUUCAUCAAAGCAUAUCACUUUGUUGUGUACCAGUCGUGAAGCAUUCAGUGUCAUGUCGCAUAAUAUGGCUGUCCUAGACGUACCUCCCCUUGAAAAUGCACCCUCCAUUGAUAUCCUUUUGGAAGGAAAACCAACUAGUCCCAAUUAUAGCGAGUCAUUAAUGUUAGGUGAAAUAGCAGAGAAGUGUGGAAGGAACCCCCUUGCACUCAAAUUAUUAGCAGUUCAACUCAAGAAAAAAACUGCGCAGAGAGUAUUAGAUAGGAUGAAAAACAAAAAUGUAAUCGCAAGCCUUAAGGUUGCAAAUCUUCCAGCCUCUCAAGAAAUGAUGGCAUGCCUGGAUAUGUCUUAUGAGGCACUGAAUAGUGAAGAACAGAAAUUGUUUAGAGCUUUACAUAUAUUUCCAGUUUCAUUUCUCGUGGGAGAAGUUUCAGAAAUGUUUUCAGAAAUUUUGGAAAUAGAUGAGGAUGAAUGUGAAUCUAUCCUUGACAGUCUUUGCAACAAAUCUCUCCUAAGUGCAGACCACAGUGUGUAUGAUCUCCAUCCCUUAUUAAAAGCUUAUGCAGCGUUUCAAUCAAGAAAAGAUCAAAAUGAAAUAUCUUGCAUACAGGAUGCAUACCGUAAGCAUUACAUGAAACAGGUCCCUCAUUUGAUAUUCAAAUCAAAAUAUUUCCCUUCAAAAGAAUUGCACAAAAAAGCACAAAAUGCACUGCCACAUUUUAAAGUUAUCGCUGAUUUGCUGUUACAUCAACUAAGGACCAACAAACAAGACAAAGAAAUGCAGUUUCUGUAUACAAAUCUAAUUUCAAUUGCACGUGUGUUUCAAUUGUUUUUCUUAUACCCUGAAGCCUUAACGAUACUUAAAACAUUAGAAAUGGUAAAAGAAAACAUGUUCAGAUUUGCACAAAUUGGAACUUUUUUUUAUGUCAUAGUCGGUGAUGUACUGUAUGGAAUGGGUAAGUACAAAGAGGCACUUACAUAUUAUAAAAAAUCUCUUGAAAUACAGAGAGAAAACUUUGGUGAGAAACACCCUGAUACAUCCUGGACAUACCAUAAAAUUGGCAUUGCACUAUGUGACAUGGGUAAGUACGUUGAGGCACUUUCAUAUUAUGAGAACUCUCUAGAAAUCAAGAAAGAAAUCUUUGGUGAGAAACACCCUGAUACUGCUACGACAUACCAUGGUAUUGGCAGUGCACUAUGUGAAAUGGGUAAGUACGUUGAGGCACUUAAAUAUUAUGAGAAAUCUUUUGAAAUCCAGAAAGAAAUACUUGGUGAGAAACACAUUCAUACUGUUCUUACACGCAGGGAUAUUGGCAAUUUACUUGGCUGCAUGGGUAAGUACGCAGAGUCACUUAAUUAUUAUGAGACAUCUCUUGAAAUACAGAAGGAAAUACUUGGUGAGAAACACCCUCGUACUGCUGGGACAUACCAUAACAUUGGCACUGCACUUUGUGACAUGGGUAAGUACACAGAAGCCCUUACAUAUUAUGAUAAAUAUCUUGAAUUCCAGAAAGAAACACUUGGUGAGCAACACCCUGAUACUGGUACAGCAUACUUUAGUGUUGGCAAUGCAUUAAGUCAAAUGGGUAAGUACGCUGCGGCCCUUACAUAUUACGAGAAAUCUCUUGAAAUUCAGAAAGAAACACUUGGUGAGAAGCACCCUGAUACUGCUGGGACAUACCAUAACAUUGGCAAUGCCCUAAAUGGCAUGUGUAAGUCCAUGGAAGCACUUACAUAUUAUGAAAAAUCUCUUGCAAUCCAGAAAGAAAUAUUUGGUGAGAAACACCCUGAUACUGGUAGGACAUACCAUAGUAUUGGCAGAGCACUAUAUGACAUGCGUAAGUACGCAGAGGCACUUACAUAUUUUGAGAAAUCUCUUGAAAUCAGGAAAUUAAUAUAUGGUGAGCAACACCCUAGUACUGCUACGACAUACAAUAGUAUUGGCAUUGCAUUUCUUGGCUUGGGUAAGUACGCUGAGGCAUUUGCAUAUUAUGAGAAAUCUCUUGAAAUCAACGAAGAAAUACCUGGUGAGAAAUACACUGAUUAUUCUAUGGUAUACAGAAAUAUUGACAAUGCACUAUGCUGUAUGGGUAAGUACAAAGAAGCAUUAAAAUAUUACGAGAAAUCUCUUGAAAAACAGAAAGAUGCACUUGGUGGGAAACACCCUGAUACUGCUUGGACAUACCAGAAUAUCGGCAAUGCACUAUGUGACAUGGGUAAGUACGCAGAGGGACUGACAUAUUAUGAGGAAUCUCUUAAAAUCACGAAAGAACUGCUUGGUGAGAUACACCCUGAUACUGGUUUGACAUACCAAAGUAUUGGCAGUGCUCUUUAUCAGAUGGAUAAGUAUGCUGAGGCAUUAUCAUAUUAUGAGAAAUCCCGUGAAGUUUUCGUAGAGCAUUUUGGUAUCAUGGAUUCUAAAACCAGGAGUCUUGAUAGUUUAGUACGUGAUGUAAAAAUACACAUUUUGAAAAAAGUAAUCAUGAAUAUAAUCAAAUACAUUGCCACUGAAUUGAUUGUCAAAGGGAAAUAUGGUCAGGCCGGUCGAUUCUUAAGUUUUAUUGGUUGGGAUUUUAAUCUCUAUUACAAAUUUUAGAAAUAUAUGGAAGGUCCAACCUUUGUUUUCAAGCGAAUGGUGGCAAUAAUGUGUAUCACUGCUGGAAUAUUCACCAUAAAAUGAGAGAUGAUAUGAUAGAUGAUGGAUUAUUUAAAUCAAUGUUUGCCAUGUUUGAAUCAAAUUUGAAUCAAUUGUCCAACGUUUUGAGCCUUGUCAUCACGCUAACCCUUAUUUGUAUGUUUCUAACACUUUCAGACAUCUUAUCUGAACAUAAAUUGUGUCAAAAUCUUGUACCUUAGGUCUUCGUCGCUGUAUCACUGGUCAGUCAGGUUUGCACCAAUCACCAUGCGUUCUGUCUGGAAAUAACCACUUACGUCCACUUAAACAAUAACACUGAGCCAAUUGCAACGGACAAAACAAAGACUUUUGUUUUUCUAUUCUGGCCCGUACAGUAUAUAUCAUGUGGUGUCUUCCAAAGACAUGUCGUAAAUUACCAGUGAAAACCCGCAUUGCAUCCACAUAUCUAUAUCGCGUGACAUCUCCCUAAGACUUGCCUGGAUUUCCAGUCUGUAUACAGGCGUACUGACCUACCUUAACUUUCACAUAUACAGGGCAAAAUCACAGUUUCACAUUCAUCCUCAAUUGUGCUGGGGGAUUCCUUUUUU